AUGAGUGCGAAGAGGAUCUCACUUCUCGAAGUGAACAAACACAACCAAGACGACGAUUGCUGGAUCGCUCUAAAUGGCGUGGUCUGGGACAUGAGCGGGUUCGCCGCUAGACAUCCCGGAGGUCGUGAAGCCAUCGAAGAGUUCUUCGGUCAAGACGGCAGUGAGGUUUACAAUGGCAUUCACAGCCCAAGUAUGGCAGAAAAGUUUCUGGGUCCGAGCAAGAAAAUUGGCUUGCUUGAGGCUGGUGUACCAAAGACCGGCGGCGAUACGGGCAAUGUCCCUGUUGUGAAGCCUGACUUGGAGACGAUCAUCAGCGUCUACGAAUUCGAAAAAGUCGCAGAAGCUGCCUUCCGGCCGAAAUCGUGGGCGUAUAUCUAUGGGUCCACUGAGAACGGGCUCACCAGAGUUGCCAACCAAGAUUGGUAUCAGCGAAUUUGGUUCCGGCCACGAGUUCUGACGGGCGUUGGAAAGGUCGACAUCAGCACAAGCAUGUUUGGUCGAAAAUGGGCCUCCCCGAUUCUCAACUGUCCGUUCUCGUCGGCGAUGCUUGCACACCCAGAUGGUGAACUUGCCCUGGCUAGAGCGAUCGGGCCCAGUGGAAGUCCUAUGUUGAUUCCUACGAUGGCAUCAUAUUCCAUCCAAGAAAUCGUCCAGGAGCUUCCCAAGGGACACCCGUUCUUCUUCCAACUAUAUGUGCAUAGCGACCGGGAGGAAAUGAAGAAAUUGCUUGACGAGGUAGCCAAGUUCAAGCCUCAGGGUAUUCUUGUCACAGCAGAUCUGCCGGUCAUGUCGAAGAGAGAGGGGUACACGAAAUUCGUGGCACUCGAGAACCAGAAGAAACAAAAGAGAGCGGUGGACGUGGAAGCGUCACAGAGAGCGUCGCAAGCAAGCAUUAAUGCAGACCUCAAUUGGCAAGAUAUACAAUUCAUCAAGGAAUAUACAGGCUUGCCGACAUUUGUCAAGGGAAUCCAAUGUGCGGCAGACGCGAAGAAGUCGCUAGAGACUGGAUGCGCUGGGAUAUACAUCUCAAACCAUGGCGGAAGAGCUUUAGACACGGCAGCCCCAUCGAUUCUGGUGCUGCUGGAGAUCCAGGCGACUUGUCCGGAGAUACUGGACAAGCUGGAGGUUUUCAUCGACGGUGGUAUUCAGAGGGGAACUGAUAUUCUGAAGGCCAUUUGUUUAGGAGCAAGUGCUGUCUGCCUGGGAAGACCUUUUUUUUAUUCUCUGGCAUAUGGAGAACAAGGCGUGAAGCAUCUGAUCAAGAUUCUUGAGGAGGAACUUGCCACUGCUAUGCAGCUGCUAGGCAUAACGAGCCUAGAUCAAGCACAUCCUGGACUUGUCAACACUGGAGAGUUGGAGGCGUUGAUAUAUCGCGGCGAGGAUCACCCCUGGGCUCGAAAGCCUCAACGAGCACGGUUAUGA